AUGCGCAAGUCGGCCAUCUUCCGGAGUGCCAUUGGAUCGCCAUUCUUAGCAGGCAACUCUAAUGUGCCUACAGGCGCUGAUCCCGAUGAUCCCUUCCGCUGCCUGUCGUCGGAGAUUGGCCUGCAGGACCCAUACGGAGUGCAGAGUACAGAGUGA